AUGGUCAGAUUAACAAUUGAGGCAGUCAUAAAACUAGUUCUCACACAAAUUUGCACUCAGAUGGAUCUUAAUCUUAAUGAAAGAGAAACUGAAGAUAUUAUCAGGCACAUUUUAAGUGAUCUCUCUAUUGAGGAGCGUGACUUCUUUAACAACCUAACUACAGAGCUGAACUCUCGUCAAAGAAGAGAUGAUUACAAGAUUGAAAGUGUAAUUUUUGAUGGAUGCGACUUUACUGUCGGCUUUAAAACCAAGGUAAAGGAUUAUAUCGCUAGACAGUCAAGAGAGCGAAACGGGGAUGACCCAUUUAACAAUGUAUUUGAUAUUUCUGACUGCAAACUAAGACAAAUUAUGCCAAAUUUAAUUAUUCCGAAAAUGUCUUCUCAUAAAUUUUUUGAUGAAGAUGACUCUUUUCUUUUGUCUAACAAAUCAGAUAGUGGCGUAACAUCACCAAAUAAGGCUAGAAUAAUUUAA